GUUCAUUUCUGUUUGUACACUGAUGAUCAGAGAUAUGACAACUGGAGGAUGCUUACGCUUACACUGUCUUCCCCAACCCCCAGCACACCAAGUAGUCUCUAGCCAACCCCUAGCAUGCUGAGGUGUCUCUAGCAAUCACUGAGUUAUGAGUUCAUGCCACUUACCAUCAAGUCAGUUUGUUUCAUAAUAUAUAUUUCUCAGACGCUGACAGUGCAGCCCGACUUCUCUUCAUGUCAGAAAAACCUCACCACUUGGCAGACACCACAGAACAUUUGUGUUGCACAAAUGUUUCUUGAUCUCUUCUCUAUUUGCAUGCCCUCCCCCAGGCUGAAAAUUCAAACUUUUAUCGAUGGGAAUAAACUUGCCUUUUAUACAUUUUUUCAGUCCUCUGCCAACUUGAGUCACAGGCUUUGCGCUUGGGUCUAGUUUCCUUCUGUUGGACAGUUGUGCAACUGUAACAAUGAUCUUUUAUAUUAAUUAGUGAAAUGCUUAUAUCUGCGUUGGCAGUAGUUAAUGUAAUAAUGUAUUCAUAAAUUGAGAACUGAAAGCAAAUAAACCAAAAAAAAAAACAUGCAACAGAAAAAGGGGAAUUGAUCUCACUUGAGAGUCCAUGAUGCUAGACUCACACUUUCAUUGCAUAUUUCCUUGGUGACAGAGCACAUUAUUCAAUGAAAUAUAGAAUGAAAAAUUCUAAUUCAUGAACAACAGAAAAAUAUUAAUUUGAACAUUCACAGCUCCAAGCAUUUCAUUGGGCUAUUUGAAAAGCACCCUGGUAAAAUGAAUCAUAGGUCAUUACAGUUCUUCAUUUGGGCAGGGGAUGUCCUACAUGAAGCCCUUAUGUAAGGACUGUUUGUAUUUAUAGGUCAGAGGUUUACACACAGUUCUUUAGUUUUCAGAGCAGAGUUGGCAUAUGCGAGAAUCCUAGCAGUGGCUUUGUAGACCACCAUGCUUGCACAGAGGCGUCAGUGCAGAAUAAAACGGGUCCCCGUGGUGAAGCCCACAUGCUUCAGCCCUGCAGGAAACGGAAGUGGUUUCAUGGUGCAGAAGGCCUCGUUUCUGCAGAUGAAGCGAGAGAAAUGAAAGCAGUUAAGCCCCCCCACUUACCUUUUUUUCUCAAAAUAUGUUAUGAACAUAACUGCUUUCAGAUCGUCACAGCUGUUUUGUAUGAUAAUAUUUUACCUCCCUUCAUGUUUGUAGUUCCAGUAUAGCACAUACCUUACUGAAGAGUGUACUGUGACACCCUCAUAUGCUGACUUCACAGAGACGCAGCAGCAUGAGGGUCAUAUGGCCUGAUCAGGCACUGCUCUUUCAGAACAGGAUCCAGAACAUAAUCCUGCUGCUCGGGCUGCUUUUCAUCACCGGGUCCCUGGCUACAAGAGUGACCACACCCAGGAACAUGACAGCCCUGACUGGAAACCCUGUGACCCUCACUUGUGACCUGGAUGGGGAUGGUAAGGUAUUCCAGGUGGAGUGGAACAGGUGUGAUGGGCGAAAGGUGCUCGUCUUCCACAGAGACCAUGGAAAAAGCGUCAACACUGGCUACCGAGAACGCAUCUCUGUGGUGACGUUGAACAGAUUCACAUUGCUUGAGACGAGAGCCAAUGACAGCGGAGAAUACUGCUGUGAACUUAGUACCUUUCCUCAUGGCACACUAAAGGGGAAACUUACCCUGCUCCUUCAGACGGACAUGUCACAAGUUUCCAGUUCCUCUUCACUGAUUGUAUCCAUUGUGAGUGGGAUUCUGGGCUUUGCAGUAUUGGGUGUACUCUUUGCUCUUCUGGUGUCAUGUCAGGGGAGGCGACGAAGGGUCCGGCACCCAGUGCACGUAGCUGUCCACUCUAGGGGCCUUCCCCAGAGCCACCAGUCCUUCCUCAAGACAAGUCCCUUGAACAUCAGGAGGGAAGGACAGGAAGAAAAUGAUGUGGAGGAAGAAGAAAAAGCAGAUUAUUUCAACGUCUUGACUUCCAAAAUUGUCAACAACUCCUCAAAUUCUCCCUAGAGAGCAGAAUGCCCCCCCCCCCCCCCCCCCACUAAAUAAUAUAUAUUUGUAUAUAAGAUAAUUGUUAAAAUUGUAUUUGCAAUUUGUUUCUUUCACCUAUAAAAAAAUACAGGAAUGUAUAUUGCAGACUAAAUAUUAUUGUGCUGUGAUUGCUUUUCCACUUAUAUGCAAUACAAGAAAUUGAUUUAUGCAAAAGAGAAGUUCUCUUGUGGACCCUCAACUUCACUGAAAUGUAAAUUUAUUAAAACUCAAAAAUGAAAUUCGAAUCAUCUCUGUGUAUCAAUUGUCAAAAAGCAAUUCCUUGUUUUUCUGGUUUUUAAGGAGAGCAAAAGUAUCGGGACAGUGACACAAUUUGUGUUGUUUUGGCUCUGUUCUCCAAUGCAUUGGAUUUGAAAUAAAACAAUGAAUAUGA